AUGGAGAGGAAAAACGUUCACCUGUUAGGAAUUAGCGAAACACAUUGGAACGGCCAGGGUCAUUUUACAUCUGACCUGGGAAAUGCCGUGUAUUUUUCGGGACCAGAAAAUGGUAGCAGCAGAGGGGUGGCUAUCAUUGUGCCUCGAUCUUUGAACAAGUGUGUCAUAGGAUAUGAGCCGGUCAGCGAUCGUAUAAUAACACUCAAAAUUAACACAAUACCAUGCAAACUUAACAACGUGCAAGUAUAUGCCCCCACGUCACAAUCGACUGAAGAGGAGGUGGAAGACUUCUAUGAUACGCUGACUGCGACACUGAAAAGACAACCAAAGCGAGAAAUCAGUAUCUUAAUAGGGGACUUCAAUGCCAAAGUUGGCGACACAACAGACAAUGAUCACCUUAGUCGCGUUAUGGGCAAACACGGCAUCGGGGAACGAAAUAGCUGA